AAUUUCAUCACUGACCUAUAUGCGAUCGGGAUGGUAUAUAAAUGCCUCGACGAUAUGGCUCAUUCAACCAGAACCGACUUAGCUAAUCUCAGCAAUAGUUCUAAGAUUCUUCCAGCAGUUCAGGAUUUUUAACUUCAUUAUGGGAUUAUCACAAGUAUUCGUUCUUCUGACUCUUUGCCUGUCUACUUGCUUGGCAACAUAUGGACCACACCUCAAAAAUAACAACGGCCCACCCCAAAACGUUCAUCUAGAUUCUCCCAGAAUCCAUUUGGAUAACCCGAAGAUACACUUGAACUCAGCAAAGUUUCUGUUGGAUGGACCUAAGAUCCUUGAUGGCGGCCAUGGUGGUCACGUCCAUGGUUCACUGUUAGACGAAGAACCCAUCAUACUGGACAGCGACAAGCCUCUAUAUAUCAGAAAAUCUCUUCAUGGCAUUCACUCGGCUGGACCAGUUUUGUUGGGUGGUGGUGGAUACGGAGGAAAAGCCUUGGAUCUUGGAGGACAUGCUCAUAGCGUAGGAGUUAUUGGACAUGCACCAUUGUUAGGACAUGCUUCAGUAGUGAAAGAAGCACCUGUAGUUCAUGAUCAGCCAAUCCUAAUCCGAAGACCUGUUUUAGUCUCAAGAGAACUCACAACCACUCAAGAUCAUUUGGAGAAACUGCAUUUUGCUAAUGUUGGACUCAGCCACGGAUAUUUGGGGGCCCACGCUGGUUUGGUAUCAGCCAUUCCUUUAUCUAAAGGUUUGCAUGAGAAGACCGUCAUCUACCACCAAGCAGCACCUUUUCACGCUUACGGACAUGGCUUAGUUGGAGUACCAGCUUACUCAGCACCUUUGGUUUUGAGCCAACCGAAUAUCCUCUAUGGUGGUCACGGACAUAUCAGUUUUUCAUCAGGAAACCAAGCACAAGGUGGAGGUCAUGGCAAAUACUAAGACAUCUAGGAGCAGAAUUCCAGAUAAUGAUGCUUUACCUGUAAAAUAAAACCUGGGAAAUAAUUGGUUAAUUAUAACCGAUGCUGGUCAAACGAGCUUAUUUGUAUAUAAACAUAACCACUUCUUCACUGAAUUGUAAA